AUGGCUGCCGGAAAAUUUGUGAGCCUUCCCAGAAACAUGCCGGUGAAUCGCCAGUUCCCCCUGGCCUCAUCCAUGGACCUUCUGAGCAGCAAGUCCCCUCCUGCUGAGCAUCACACUGAAGCCUAUCAAGACGUGUCUAUACAUGGCACCCUUCCACGGAAGAAAAAGGCCCCUCCUCCCAUCAGGUCCUGCGAUAACUUCAGUCACGUGGGGACCCUGCCCCAUUCCAAGUCACCACGGCAGAACUCUCCGGUGACCCCGGCUAUCAUCCAGGAGCAACCCCUGCAAGACCGGAAAGGCGAAACCUUCACCUUCAGGGAUCAGCAUCUUCUGGACCCAACCCUGGAAUAUGUGAAGUUCUCCAAGGAGAGGCACGUCAUGGACAGGACCCCUGAGAGGCUGAAGAAGGAGCUGGAGGAGGAGCUGCUGCUGAGCGGCGAAGACCUGCGCAGCCACGCCUGGUACCAUGGACGCAUCCCCCGCCAGGUGUCAGAAAACCUCGUGCAGCGAGAUGGCGACUUCCUGGUUCGUGACUCUCUGUCCAGCCCCGGAAACUUUGUCCUGACCUGUCAGUGGAAGAACCUCGCUCAGCACUUCAAGAUCCACCGGACGGUCCUGCGGCUCAGUGAGGCCUACAGCCGCGUGCAGUAUCAGUUUGAGACGGAGAGCUUCGACUCCAUCCCUGGCCUGGUGCGCUGCUACGUGGGCAACCGCCGGCCCAUCUCCCAGCAGAGCGGAGCCAUCAUCUUCCAGCCCAUCAACAGGACGGUGCCCCUGCGGUGCCUGGAGGAGCGCUACGGCACCUCCCCAGGCCGGGCCCGGGAGGGCAGCCUGGCCGAGGGCAGGUCCGACGUGGGCAAGAGGCUGAGCCUCACCAUGGGCGGCCUCCACGCCCGGGAGCAGAGCUCGACCAGGGGAAACCUCCUCAGAAAUAAGGAGAAGAGCGGUAGCCAGCCAGCCUGCCUGGAUCACAUGCAGGACAGAAGAGCCUUAUCCCUCAAAGCCCACCAGUCGGAAAGUUACCUGCCAAUUGGCUGUAAGUUGCCCCCUCAAUCCCCAGGCGUGGACACAAGCCCCUGCCCAAACUCACCCGUUUUCAGGACGGGCAGUGAGCCCACCCUGAGCCCGGCGGUGGUUCGGAGGGUUUCCUCGGACGCGAGGGCAGGGGAGGCUCUAAGGGGCUCAGACAGCCAGCUGUGCCCCAAACCACCCCCCAAGCCCUGCAAGGCACCUGUCCUCAAGGCUCCCCCGUCUCCAUCUACCUGGCUCAACUCUGAGGCCAACUACUGUGAACUGAACCCAGGCUUUGCUGCAGGCUGUGACAGGGGAACAAGGCCUCCCCUCUGUGCCCAGGACAGCUACGUGGAGCUGCUAACGGCCAAGCAGAAUGGGGCGCCAGGGCCCCGGAACUCUGGCAUCAACUACUUGACCCUUGAUGAUGAUGUUGGGGCUGGGCCUUGGGAGGCACCGGCCACCCAGAAGGACCAGGGGCAGGAGGACGAGGUAGAGUUUGUGCCGCCCCGACUGGAGACUGCCUCCUCAUUCAGACCCAAUGACUUCGAGUCAAAGCUCCUUCCUCCCGAGAACAAGCCCCUGGAAACAGCAAUGCUGAAGCGGGCAAAAGAACUGUUCACCAACAAUGACCCCAAGGUCAUCGCCCAGCACAUGCUGAGCAUGGACUGCGUGGUCGCUAGGAUACUUGAAGUCUCCGAAGAGAUGAGGAAGAACAUGGGUGUGAGCUCAGGGCUGGAACUCAUUACCUUGCCGUAUGGCCACCAGCUGCGCCUGGACAUAAUUGAAAGACACAACACGAUGGCCAUCGGCAUCGCAGUGGACAUUCUGGGCUGCACGGGCUCUUUGGAGGACCGAGCAGCCACCCUCAAUAGGAUCAUCCAGGUGGCGGUGGAACUGAAAGACUCCAUGGGGGACCUCUAUUCUUUCUCGGCCAUCAUGAAAGCCCUGGAAAUGCCACAGAUCACAAGAUUAGAAAAAACAUGGACUGCCCUCCGGCACCAAUACACCCAGACCGCCAUCCUCUAUGAGAAACAGCUGAAGCCUUUCAGCAAAAUCCUGCAUGAAGGCAGAGAGUCUACGUGUGUUCCCCCCAACAAAAUAUCAGUCCCACUAUUGAUGCCUCUUGUGACCUUAAUGGAGCGCCAGGAGGUCACUUUUGAAGGAACUGACAUGUGGGAAAAAAAUGACGAAAGCUGUGAGAUUAUGCUGAACCACUUGGCAACAGCCCGUCUCAUGGCAGAGGCUGCAGACAGCUACCGGAUGAAUGCCGAGAGGAUCUUGGAAGGUUUUCAACCAGAUGAAGAAAUGAGUGAAAUCUUCAAGACUGAAUUUCAAAUGCGAUUGCUAUGGGGCAGCAAAGGUGCACAAGUCAAUCAGACAGAAAGAUAUGAGAAAUUCAACCAGAUUUUAACUGCCCUCUCACGUAAAUUGGAACCUCCUCCAGUAAAGCAGGCAGAGCUUUGA